AUGCCUUCUGGUAUGGAAAGCUUAUAUCAACUUCAGACAUUGCCACUUUUUGUCUCCGGGAAGUUGCCGAAGGGGAGUAAACGGUAUGUGAGGAGUACAUGGAAUUUCGGGAAUCUCGGUCUACUGGGUGGUUUAAAUCUUCAUGGGGAGUUGAAUAUUACUCGCCUGGAGAAUACUGAAGAUGCUACACCGGCAGACAAAGGACAAUUGUUCAUGAAGGAAAAUCUUGAGUCAUUGGGAUUAUACUGGGGUCUUAUUCCGGGAUUUAAAGAUUCAUUUGCCAAACCACCUAAUGCCCCAGCUGAAGUAGGUGUCUCAGGAUCACAUAUACCGCUGCAUGCUAAAAAACUUAUUAGAUGCCUACAACCACAUGAAAAUCUGAAAAAUCUAGUUAUAAAUGGGUACCCAGGAAUCAAAUUUCCUAAUUGGGCCCUCCCAAAUCUUAUUGCCGCUGAUUUCACCAACUGUAGAAGUUGUGAACAUCUUCCAACUCUUGGGAAUCUUCCGCUACUUAAGACGCUUUCUCUGCAUGGAAUGCAUGGCGUUAAGAGCAUUGGUACAGAGUUCUAUGGUGACAGUACUGACAUAUGGUUUCCAUCACUCGAAGAACUAUCCGUAAGUGAUAUUGCAAACUUGGAAGAGUGGUCAACUGCAACUGAUGAAAGAGCAUUCCCUAUACUGAAGAAAUUAACUGUAAAAAGUGUUGAGAGGAUUUGUCCCACAUUGAAAAGUUAA